UUCCGCUUGACUAAAAGAUGUUCAUAUGUGCAUAUAUGGCUAUCAGAUAACAUAGAUAUAUACAAACACAAUAUACAUAGCCAUAGCCAUAGGCCUACACACAUUGUGUUUGUAUAUAUCUAUGCAUAUAACAUUGUGUUAUGUGAUAUCUAUGGGCCAGUAGUUGGCGUUCGAAAAGGCAUGAAGAUGUUUCCUGCCUUGGUGGCUCUACUUGGUGUUGGAAUCCCGACAUUGUGGUUCAUUUACCGUUUGUUAACUAAACAAAAACUGCGCCAGCUAAAUGGGAAAGUGGUUUUGAUCACAGGGGCUAGCUCAGGUCUCGGUGAAGCUUUGGCAUAUGAAUUCUACUUGGCCGGUUCCAAGGUGAUACUAGGUGCCCGCAGGACCAAUGAACUGCAGCGGGUUAAACAAGAACUUCUUGACCUGAAAUGUGAAACCAAAUAUGAAUUGUAUAAACCAUGUAUUCUUACAUUGGAUUUAUCAGACAUCGCCAGCAUUCCAGAUAAAGUUCUCGAAGCAUCUAAUUACUUUGGUGUCAUUGAUAUCCUAGUGAAUAAUGCUGGGAUUAGUUACCGUGGCGAUGCGCUCUAUACAUCAACUGACGUUGAUAUGCAGCUGAUGACGACGAACUAUCUGGGAACUGCAGCCUUAACAAAAGUGGUUCUGCCGCACAUGAUGAGACAUGGAAAAGGUGAGAUCGUUGUGGUUAGCAGCGUCCAAGGCAAGAUUGCUAUUCCUCAUCGCUCUGCAUAUGCAGCUUCCAAGCAUGCGACUGAGGCUUUCUUUGAAUGCUUGAGAGCUGAGGUUUCGCAUCACAACAUCCACAUAACUAUGGUCAGCCCAGAGUACAUCAGAACCAAUCUUUCACUCAAUGCGCUCACUGCCAGUGGUGCACAGUACGGACAGAUGGAUAAGACAACUGCUGGAGGAAUGGCACCACGCACGGCAGCUCAGCGAAUACUGGAAGCGGUUGCCUGGCAACGUGAUGAUGUCAUCAUUGCUGGCUUUAAGCCAAAGGCUGCUAUCUACCUGAAUUUCCUCUUGCCGAGUUUUUACCGAUAUAUAAUGAAAAAACGUGCCCUGGCAGCGCCUUCCUCAUCUUCAUUGGAAACGCAGUGACGAGACAAGAACCUUGAAUGCAAGUCAAGAAUCAUGUGAAAAUUUGGGAGAUAUCAUAGCUAAUAUAAUAUAUCGGGUCUGUGAUUAUUGGUCUGCCUCUUUAUUGUUAUGUGAUUGGACCUUGAGCACUAAAGUUGACCACCACAAAUUAAUGCUGCGUCAUAAUAGUACAGUAGGUAUGUAUUUGCGUCACUAGGUGGCACUGACUACAACCUAGUGGGCUCGUGGCAAUUUUGUAUUACUAAUGUUUGUGCAUGCAUGCAUAGUGAAUGUGAUGAGUCAUUAUCAGUUACCUAAUUUUAGAACUUUCUUGUACUUAGCAGUCUUAGAUACAGUUCUGAAAGUAUAAAAGUAGAAUAGCUGUAGUUCAAGCAGCCAUUACUAUUAUAUUAUGAUGCUUUAACAUUGUUGUUCACGUAUGACCUUGCUUACUAGAAUAAAUGGUGGUUUGGCCAAACCAAUCGUUGUGUAGCGCCUAUGACACACACCUAAAGCACAAUGACUGAGUGAUAGAUCGAAAGUUGUGUGUGUGUGUGUGUGUGUGUGUGUGCGUGCGUGCGUGCGUGCGUGCGUGCGUGCGUGCGUGCGUGCGUGCGUGCGUGUGUAUAAACGACAUUCCAUGCAGCAUCUCCAAAAUAACCAUGCAUUUAUUUGUGCAUAAUUCUUAUUUCUGGUGCAAGUGUGUGUUUUUAAGCUGUUUGAAUGUUUUUGAACCUACGUUUGACACUCGUGCAUGCAUGUCUACUAUAUACAGUCACUAUAACCAUGUGUGUAUGAUUGAUAAACUAUAAUCUAUGGGUGGGUACCAAAAAACCACUACUUUCCUUAUGUGAUGUGCAUUUUCUAUUGAGUCAAACACCCUGAAUUCGGUGGUGCUAAUAUUCCUAGACUAUCUGAAAUAAUAUAAUCUGCUAGAUACGAGCGUA